AUCGCUAACCGAGUGCCGCCAUAUUGGUAAAGGUACUGGGACCGAAGUAGAACGGAACUUCCUAUUCUCGCGGGAGCUAGAGGUGGGACUGCCACGUCCGAGCAAACCGGGACAGGAGAGGAUCCCGGAGCCGCGUGAUGGCCAGAGGCCUGGGGGCCCCUCACUGGGUGGCCGUGGGACUGCUGACCUGGGCCGCCUUGGGGCUGCUAGUGGCCGGACACGGGGGUCAUGGCGACCUGUACGAAGACCUGCACGAGGACUUCCAUGGCCACAGCCACAGGCACUCACAUGAGGAUUUCCACCAUGGACACAGCCAUGCCCAUGGCCAUGGCCACACUCAUGAGAGCAUCUGGCAUGGACAUACCCACGGUCACGACCAUGAACAUUCACAUGAGGAUUUGCACCAUGGCCAUAGUUAUGGCCACUCCCAUGAAAGCCUCUACCAUGGAGGACACGGACAUGACCAUGAGCACAGCUCUGGAGGCUAUGGGGAGUCUGCGGCUCCGGGAAUCAAGCAGGAUCUGGACACUGUCACUCUCUGGGCCUAUGCACUGGGGGCCACAGUACUGAUCUCUGCAGCUCCAUAUUUCGUCCUCUUCCUUAUCCCUGUGGAGUCAAACUCCCCUCGGCACCGCUCUCUGCUCCAGAUCUUGCUGAGUUUUGCUUCGGGUGGGCUCCUGGGAGAUGCCUUCCUGCACCUCAUCCCUCAUGCUCUGGAACCCCAUUCUCACCACCGUCUGGAGCAGCCGGGACAUGGACACUCCCACAGUGGCCAGGGCCCUAUUCUGUCUGUGGGACUGUGGGUCCUUAGUGGAAUUGUCGCCUUUCUUGUGGUGGAGAAAUUUGUGAGACAUGUGAAAGGAGGUCAUGGACACAGUCAUGGACAUGGACACUCUCACGGACACACUCACGGUCACACACAUGGAAGUCAUGGACGUGGAAGACAGGAGCAUCCUUCAAAGGAUAAGCAGAGCUCAGAGGAAGAAGAAAAGGAAGCAGGGGGGUCAAGGAAGAGGCGAGGAGGGGGCACAAGGCCUAAAGAUGGACCAGUGAGACCUCAGAAUUCGGAAGAGGAAAAAGCAGGUUCAGACCUGCGUGUGUCAGGGUACCUGAAUCUGGCUGCUGACCUGGCACACAACUUCACAGAUGGUCUGGCCAUUGGUGCUUCAUUUCGAGGGGGCCGGGGGCUGGGAAUCCUGACCACGAUGACUGUCCUGCUACAUGAAGUGCCCCAUGAAGUUGGGGACUUUGCCAUCUUGGUCCAGUCUGGCUGCAGCAAAAAGCAGGCGAUGCGUCUACAACUACUGACGGCAGUAGGGGCACUGGCAGGCACAGCUUGUGCUCUCCUAACUGAAGGAGGGGCAGUGGGCAGUGAAGUUGCAGGCGGUACAGGUCCUGGCUGGGUUCUGCCAUUCACUGCAGGUGGCUUUAUCUACGUAGCAACGGUGUCCGUGUUGCCUGAGCUGUUGAGGGAGGCAUCACCAUUGCAGUCACUUCUGGAGGUGCUGGGGCUGCUGGGGGGAGUUGUCAUGAUGGUGCUAAUUGCCCACCUGGAGUGAGUGGUGGGGUAAACCACCCCCACCCCAGCCCCAAACCUCUAGCCUCUAAGCCCAUCAGGGGGCUCUGGAGGUUGGGGGCCCUGGCCCAGAACAUCUACCAAAGGUAGGAGUUGUAUCUUAGGGAAGUGGUGACUUUGGCUUGAAGGCCAUCAAGAUUUGACAGUCUUACAGGGACUGUAGAGGUGAGACUGAGAGCCUAGAGGGACCAUGGUGUUGGGUUUGGGGGCUAAGUGGGACCAUGAAGAAGGUUGGAAGAGAGAGGGGUGAUGGCAGCCUACCCCAAGUCCCCCACCCCACCUGUUCACAGAGGACCAAGCUGCCACACACAGACUUCAAGGUUUGCCUCCCUCUCUCCCACCUGUUGGUGGAGUCUUCAGGGAAGACCAGAGCCCUAGGCAGAGUGGGUAGCAAGAGAAGCCGGGGAUAAACGGCAAUCGUGUAUCCUGAUUUGGGAGUGAUUCCGGGGGAGGAGGACUAGUUGCUAAUCUCAUGGUCUGAUUUUUUUUCGUUUCUAUUCUUUUAUAUCACUUUUUGAGCGAGGAGGAGGGGUGGUGACCGGAAAUAAAGUCCUCGGAUUUUCUGCU